GUUUCCCUGACAUCUGGACGUUAUCUUCAUCUCAUGGAGCCGGAGCCGGAGGAAGCUGAAUCCUCAACGCCGCCUCGCUCAGGCCCAAUCGAGGUCGUCAACUCAAUCCGUGAGCGUGCCAUCGCAGAGAACAGCAUGGUGGUCCUGCUGCAGGGUCUCCAGGGCGAGGUGACCACCGUGGACAUGAGGAACGAGAGCACGGCGCGGGGACGCCUGGUCAACGUGGACGCCUACAUGAACGUGCGCCUGGAGGAGGUGUUGUACCGGGACCAGCGCGGUCAAGUCACACAGCUGCAGGACCUGUUCGUCACGGGCAGGAACGUCCGCUACGUGCACAUCCCGGACCACGUGGACAUCAUGAAGACCAUCCAGAGUCAGCUGACCAAGAUCCACAGGGUGCGCAACUUUGGAGGAGAAGGAGGAGGCAAGAAGGAGUUCGCCAAGAAAAAGAAAUAGACCAAACUCUGCAGGGUUGAGAGCAGAGAUGCCUGGAGUUACAGGUGCUUCUUUGUGUUUUCAGAUUUGAGUCCACACAUCACUUUCAUAUAAUGUUUUGUUGUGAAAUUGGGGACUUGUGCACCUCCUCAGGUCCUUUAAAGCCUUAAAAGGAAACAAUCUGACAGAGAGAACAAACCUCGUUAUGGUAGAACUGCUCCCAAAGUGUGAUUAUAUUAAUGUCAUGCUGCUUAUCAAGGUGCAGGUCAGGUUAGUUUAAGUUAUAUUUCUCAUUAGAAGUCUUCUUUAGGCUAUAUACAGCCAGAAAGAUAAUAAACAGUUUCCAGCCACAUACUUGAGGAUGAAACUGGUGUUAAACUUAGUUAUGUUAUAUUUAAAAGUCUUUAAUUGAAACCCUGAUCAAGUGACGAUGUACAGUUUGAGUUGAACUUUUUUAUUUUGGACAGUUACCAACAGACAGUUGUUUUGAGAUUGUAAAUAAAGAUGCUCAUCAAAAAAUCA